AUGCUAGAUACACUCAUCAUCAUUGAUGACGAUGAUCAGGGUCUGAGCUACAAUGAUAGGGUCUCAAUUUCUCUAGCCGCGCCAAGUACGUGCAGCCGGGAAUCCAGUGUUGGAAGUGAUGAAGAGCCCAACUCUGAGGGCCAGAUCCCACCACCGCCAGUGUUGAUUGAAGAUGGCGGGGUGACAACGGAGGAGUGGCUGGUUGAUAAAAUCCUUGAAUCAAUGGUGGAGGAUGAUGACCGAGGGAUGCGGUGGUACUUGGUGAAAUGGAGAGGCUACAACUCUUCUUGGCAGCCUGAACAUGAUCUGAUCCCUGGAUGUGAGGAGUUGGUCCAUGAGUUUCACACUAAAUCUGGGAAGGUAGAGAGCCACAGAUCCAUUAAGCGGUGUGGGAGACCACCUUUGAGGAACUGCUCCAAGAAGGCGCGGUUUAUAUUCUAGCUACGACCUGUUACUGUAUUGAUUCAACUUGUUCCCAUCUCAUAUUCGCAUUGGAUAAAUGUCUAAUGAUACUCCAUUGGUGCCCUUCUGUACAAAUGAUAUGAGGCUUGCUAUGUAGAUAUUAUAUUCUUUGUAGUUAAAGCUUAAAGGCUACUACAUAGUUUUGAUGCACCCAGCACCCUCCGAUGUCUCUGUAAGUCCGAAAUGUAGCAGCCACUGACAAAACGAAACAGCGAACCAGGGAAUUCAU